AUGGCUGUUCACCCAGCCGUGAAUCGACAGAUGUACGCCGCCAACGCAGCCUAUCAAACAUCCCCAACAACCAUGCAUGCAUCGCACCAAGAUUUACAUGCUCGUGGUAUGUAUGGCCAUGGAUUCGGAUACCCUCAGCAGAUGUUCGCCUACCCUCAAUAUGCUCUACCCACACACCCAGCAUAUGCCACUCACCCUCAACCGCAAUCCUACUCGCCUGUAUCACCGCCAGGCUCUGCAAUCUUGAUGUCUCAACCAACAACUUCAGCUGUUCAUUCGUCGCCCGUGCAGGUCCUCAACACAAGUCCCCGCCUGAAGACCGAACCAUCACAUCUCAAAGUCGAACACCCGCUCAUGAAGUCUGAACACAACUACAUGCAAAGGCCUAUGUCAAGCAUUGGAAUAGUUUCCUCUGGAGCAGCAGCUGCAACUCCAUCACCUCCCUCCGGAAAUGGGUCAAACGCAGCAGCACCAGGCCCGAUCCCUGCCACAACUCCUCUGGUCGUCCGCCAAGAUCAAAAUGGUGUCCAGUGGAUCGCUUUCGAGUACUCGCGCGAUAGGGUCAAGAUGGAAUAUCAGAUCCGUUGCGAUGUCGAGUCUGUGGCGAUCGAGGAGUUGACAUCUGAGUUCAAAACAGCAAACUGUGUGUAUCCAGGUGCAUACAGCGGCAAGGAAGGUUACAAGGGCAACAGACUGCACUACGAGAGUGAAUGUAAUGCCGUUGGCUGGGCAUUGGCACAUCUCAACCCAGCACUAAGAGAGAAGCGAGGCCUAAUUCAACGCGCCGUGGAUAGUUGGCGUAACAGCAAUCAGGAUCCUCGCUUGCGGAGUCGGCGAGUAAGAAGACAGGCCAAGAUCAGCACUCGGAAGGCACAGCUACGCCAACCAGAUGGAUCAGUAUCGCUUUCUCCCGCCGAUGUCCUUGCAUCUCGAGUACCACCCAACAUGUCUUUGGACUCAGCAAGACCGUCUACAUCACUUGGCCUGAAUUCUGGUCAGCUACAUCAUCAUCACUCGACAUCAGAUGGCAGUGGAGGCGAGAGCGAGUCUGAUUCAUCCACCAACAAUAGCCAGAGCUUCAUCAAAGCCGAGGAAGAAGACAAGAAAACGUCCCUUCCCCUACACGUACCUGAAGGCAAGAGACGCAAAUUCAUUCUUGUCGACGAUCUAGCACGCGGAACUCGGGUGCGUGUUCAUGUGGAGCUUGACAACAUCAAGAUGGAGGAAAUGCCCGACUUCCAUCUUCAGAAAAAUAGUGUGUUCCCGCGUCAGUUUUACCCUCGUCAAAUGCAUUCGCCCGUAUCCCCUUGUAAGGAACAAGGAGGCUGGAACUCAUCAGGCGGCAUGGAAGGAACAGGAGACCAUGGUAACUUCGCGUAUGUGCCUCUACUAGAUGGUUCAGAGACACAGCUACCUGUCCCUGAAACGUCGAGGGAUCUUGAGGGCAAGGAAUGUGCGCUGAACGAGUUGGGGUAUCGGAUGAGUUGGAGGCAAGCGAAAACGUUCAAUGAGAGAACAGUCUUCAUGCAGAAAUCGCUUGACGCCUACCGCGACAAGACUUGGAAUGGGAUAGUGGCCUCUGGUCAGAAUGACCCGUGUGUUGCAUCACACUUUGAAGUCAGAACAGGUAAACGCAGAUGGUCUGAGCGAAGUGGAUCUGGCAGCCUCUCACCCUGA